UGCUGUUUUCUCUUUGCUUUCUCCACUUACAGGACCCCUCGGUGACCCAGCUCACAAACACCAGCCAAAGUGGCUUGGAUGAAUUCAACCCCUUUUCUGAGAGCUCCCAGCUGACAAAUGCAGCCCGGACGACACCGGCCACACAGCCCUCGGGCCACUCGCAGCCUGCGGUUCUGCAGACAUCCGUGGAGCCCACUCCCCAGGCUGUGGCUGCGGCCGCACAGGCUGGGCUCCUCCAGCAGCAGGCAGAGUUAGAGAGGAAGGCAGCUGAGCUGGAGAAGAAGGAAAGGGAAUUACAGAGUCACGCAGCCAGCAUUGAUCCGAGGCAGAACAACUGGCCACCUCUUCCCAAGAAGUGUCCCAUCAAGCCGUGCUUUUACCAGGAUUUUUCUGCAGACAUCCCAGCUGACUACCAGCGGAUAUGCAAGAUGCUCUAUUACUUGUGGAUGUUGCAUUCGAUAACCCUGCUCCUCAACCUGCUCGCUUGCCUGGCGUGGUUCACAGUGCAGACGGAGAGAGGAGUAGACUUCGGUCUCUCCAUCCUGUGGUUUAUUUUAUUCACCCCUUGUGCCUUUCUCUGUUGGUACCGACCGAUUUACAAGGCUUUCAGGUCUGACAGCUCCUUCAGCUUCUUCGUCUUCUUUUUCAUCUUCUUCUGCCAAAUAGCAAUCUACGUCAUCCAGGCUGUCGAAAACAGGUGAGCUUGCGGGUGGAUCGCGGCGCUGUCGGAGCUGCACGGGAACCUGGCCGUGGCCAUCAUCAUGAUGGUGGUGGCAGGAUUCUUCACGCUCUGUGCGGUUCUCUCUCUCUUCCUCCUCAAGCAGGUGCAUUCCCUGUACCGACGCACGGGAGCCAGCUUCCAGAGGGCGCAGGAAGAGUUCUCCCAAGGCAUCCUCACCAACAGGAGCUUCCAGACGGCCGCUGCUGGGGCAGCCUCCUCAGCAGCACACAGUGCGUUCCGAGGAAACUAG